AUGCGGCUGCUAUAUGACACAUCCAUCGGGUUUGCAUUGACUGGAGAUUUGAUUGGAGGAGAUAUCCCCGCUUAUGCGAUCCUUUCGCACACUUGGCAAGAGGGGGAGGUGACCUUUGCCGAUCUCGAAGAUUCACCUCAUGGGGGAAGAGCCAUGGCAGGGUAUCAGAAGCUUUAUUUCUGCGCUCAAAAAGCUGCGCUGGAUGGCCUGAAAUACUUCUGGGUGGACUGCUGCUGCAUCGACAAGUCUAAUUCGGUCGCACUUGAACAUGCUAUCAACUCUACGUUUUACUAUUAUCAGAAUGCAGCAAAAUGCUACGUCUAUCUAUCUGAUGUAUCUACGAAGGAGGGGAAAGAGAUCAGCGAAGACUCCGAUUGCAGGUGGCAGUCAGUCUUUUGGGAAAGCCGAUGGUUUACCCUGAGUUGGACCCUUCAGGAACUUCUUGCCUCGCGUUCAGCUGACUUCUUCUCCCGUGAAGGCGAAAAGCUUGGUGAUAAAAACAUACUUCGGCAAACUCUCCAUGAGAUAACUGGUAUUGCCACCCUAGCUCUUGAAGGAAAACCUUUGGCUGAUUUCAGUGUAAGAGAGCCGUUGUUGUGGGCAGCAAACCGCCGAUCAACACUGAAAGAAGGUCAGAUAUACUCUCUUCUAGGCAUCUUCGGCAUCAAGAUGACGAUGGUUCAUGGAGAAGGCGGCUGGAACGCAUGUCUUCGCUUUUGGGAUGAGAUAUUUAGGAGAAUCGAGGACUACACCAUUUUGCUUUGCACAAAGCCCUCGGAUACCAACAAUGAUCGACAGAGUGCAGUCUGGACCUACUAG